AUGCAGCACCUGCUGGUGGCCGCGGAUCGGUGUGGGCUGGACACGCUGAGGCUCAUGUGCGAGGUGGGGAUGUGCCGUAGCAUCGACGCGGACACGGUGGCGACUACUUUGGCUUUAGCCGAGCAGCGCCGCUGCAUGCAGCUCAAGAAUGCUUGUCUUGGAUUCAUAGCUUCAUGGGGCAUGCUUGGUGCUGUCGUGCAGACCAGUGGGUUCUGUCAUCUCGUCGAGAGCUGCCCUCUGGUUCUAUUGGAGAUUUUGGACAAGCUAGCUUCUCUAGGAAUCUAG